CCUCGCCCCCGGGCCGCCGUAUCCAGGAAGUGACGCCACGUCCUCCCCGGCCGCCUCGGCCUUCUCCCCGCCUCCUGGUAAUGGAGGAAGAGGAGGUCGAGGUGGGGAAGAUGAAGCAGUUUCCGGGCGGCAUCGCGGUCGGCGUCGGAGGGAGCGGGCUGGAGCCGGAGCGGUGCCGCUUCCCGUACUGCGUCGUCUGGACGCCCAUCCCCGUCCUCACAUGGCUCUUCCCCAUCAUCGGUCACAUGGGGAUAUGUACAUCAGCCGGAGUCAUCCGGGACUUUGCAGGCCCUUACUACGUCUCUGAGGACAACAUGGCUUUUGGAAAGCCUGUGAAAUACUGGAAGCUGGAUCCCAGUAAAGUGUAUACGUGUGGCCCUAAUGCUUGGGAUACUGCGGUGCAUGAUGCUUCUGAGGAGUACAAGCACCGUAUGCACAACCUCUGCUGUGACAACUGCCACUCACAUGUAGCCCUGGCCUUAAACCUCAUGCGAUAUGACAACAGCAGUUCUUGGAACAUGAUCAAACUGUGCUUCUUCUCCUUGCUAUAUGGAAAGUAUGUAAGCAUAGGAGGCUUUGUGAAGACCUGGCUUCCGUUUAUUCUCUUUUUGGGGAUUAUCUUAAUAGUCAUGCUGACUCUUCACUUGCGAUGAUGGAUGACAUGAGCCUUUCCACCACCCCCUUUAAAGCCAAGUAUUAAAAAUGGUGGCUUUUCAACACAGAAAGGUGUGGAGCUGUAUGGCCUGGAAGCCCUUGUGAAAGAAGUCUACUUGUCCUUCCUAAUAUCCAUUCUCCUUUUAUCCUAUGGGACCUUCCCCCUUUCUUUCAUAGUUCUUGCCUUUGAAUGUAUCAGGGGUGGGGUGGGGGACUCCUGUACCUUGCUUUUGCCAAAACUCCCUCAUGACUGGAGAGUCUUAUGUGGUUCCCCUGUCGUAGUUGCCAGGGUUGGUUGUCAGGUUCCCUAAUCUCUCAGGGAGAGGUUCUUGAUUAAUUAGACAUGACUGUCCAUGGUCACUUUGCAUGGUGGAUGGGUGGGUGGGAGACAGUGUUGCAUUUGCUUGCACUUUCUAGGAAUUGAAAUUUGCAACAUUCUUGGGUGUAGCACUUUUCCAAAAGUUGAGUACCUCAAUACUGGUAGCCUCCAAAUUAAUGAAUGACCUCAUAGUACAUGUAGAGUGGGUAUCUUGCCUAAGAUGGAGUGAUUUUGUUGCUACUUUAGCAAAUAGUACUAUUUAGCAAAUAGUACAGUACUGGACUUGUAUUUUUUCAUUGUCUUGUUCAUUGCAUAGAUUAAAACAUUAUUUGGAACUGUUCUUCUAAAAGCAGCUGAGUUCUCAUAAGUUCCCACCAGCCGAAUUAAGCUAUCAUUGGUCCAGUCUUUGUGACUGCUGCCUUUGAGUUAUCCACAGCUCAUGUUUUGGUGAGUUUUAUAGAGACAGCCAAGUUCCCUUUAUAAGUACUAUAAUUCCCAAAAUUCUUCUGUGUAAAGAAGAGAUAGAGACCAACUUCAUAGUUAAAGUAUUUGGUUUUUAAAAUACAGCAAUGUGCUUACACUGUGCCUUGGAAGACUCUAGAAGCAACAUCUGAUUUUUCCCACCAAGAUGACAGAUGCUAGAAUGUCUCCUAAUAGUAGGGAGUGUGUUUUGAUGUACAGACAGUAUAGAUAAGUACAGAAUAAUUAGAUUUAUAUUCUUCCAUUCUUCUUCUGGGUAAUUUAGAAGAAGAUGAAUGCAUUUCUUUACUAGUCUUCUUCUGCCUUCCAGUUCUAUAGAGAUUUAAUUUUGGCCUGUGGUUUUGUCCAUGUUGCGAUAGAAAGGGAGGGCUCUUUUGGUCCAUCCUUGUUAACAUAAAAAGGCCACAUUUCACAUGCUAAUCUUUAUCCUUUUCCAGUCCUCUUUAGUACACACACUGGAGCACUAAGUGCUUUGUGCUGUGCUAAGGAGAAGCAAUACCUACACCCCAUAUUGUAAUGGAGCAGGUACUCCUGGUGUCUGUCACAUUCAGCCAUUUGGUGCUGUAGGAAGCCGAUCAAUAAACUCUAGGCUGAUUAGAAGUCAAAGGUCUUACAUCAAAGUGAAUGACCUGUGGUGUGUCAUCAAGCUAUCCCCAGGCUGCCUCCCUUGCUCCUCAGCAGGGAUUCCACUUCUUAUAGAAAUAAUAGAUGGAGGUCGGUGAACUGAGAAAAUCCUCCCCCACCCCCUUUCCUUUUCUCUUCUUUUACAGUGAGUUGCCAAAAAGAACUCCAGGAUGCCCAAACAAUUCUCAGAACUGGUGAUCAAAGCCAACUUCCUUUCCACAGUAGCAAUAGUUUUAACUUGUGUUUGAGUCAAUUAAAAAGUGCUUUCUUGACUCUACAAGCAUUGCCAAAUAUUAAGGCUGGCAGUAGUAGCAGGAGGAGCAAAGAUAUUAGAAAUGCCAUCCUCUCCCCAUCCCUUGUAGUAUAUUUUUGUGUUUUUGAUUCCACGUGGAACAUACUGCUUAGCAAUAAAUAAACAACUGUGAGGGAACUAAUUUAAAAUGCCAAAAGGUUCAAUGCUCAUAUCUACUCAGGCUGCAGGUGUAGGCAAAACGUAGGCUGUCUUGUUUUUUACUGGAAUUUGAAUCUGGCAGCAAAGGUUUUGCAAGCUGUCAUUUAAGGCUGGCAAUGGUGAGCAUAAGACCCUGGUUGGAAGCAUUGGUUUUCUUUCUCUGCCGUACUCCACCAGUUGCUGGAUUUCUGUAAUAGGUUCUGAAGCAUUGCUGGUUGACUGAUCUCAGCCCUUUUGGGCAUCCAGCUUGAAAGCCUGCCUGUGAUUGCUUCAUAGUGGGGUGAUGUGAAAUAAGACCUAAAAGUGAAUUGGCAUGGCCAUAGGAAAAUAUGGGCAGAGAAUGACAUGUAGUAGUAGAAUUGCACUCAUGGGAUCUUUACUAGUGUGAAUCCAAAUGUAUCUAGUCCAUAUCCUUGCUAUGUGAACUAUCCUUCUUUCCUUGACCUUCCCAGUAGCCACUUGUCUUCAAACAGUGCUGGUGCAGUUGAAUGCCACCUCUUCCCAGCUGUUUUGUGAGUCCCCAAAUUCCUGUUUGGAAAAAACUCCAGUAGAAGGAUUUCGAGACCCUGUGAGUUGAUCGUAGUGUGCAGUGCAGUGGAUUUCCAGUGCUUGCACACAACCACUGUCUGCAACUUCAUGACAAAAAAUGUACUGAUUGUGUAGAUGCUGUGAAAAACUGCUGUGUAAUGUCACAGUGUGCUGCAGUCUGCACAAACUUCCCAUAUCAGCAUCUUCUGAGUUGGAGUUUGAGGUCCAAAGUACAUCUCAAAGAUGUGGUCACUGGUCUACAUGAGACACUUUUGUUUAUGUUACAUUUAGUCUUUUGUUUAAACCUCUGUGUUUCUACUGUAGAUCUGCUCUGUGUUCCCACUUGGGGGGGUUUUCUCCCUCUUCUCCCCCUCUACUAGUUAUUAGCUAGAUGGGCCUCUGUCCUUUGAGUAGGUUCUCCAAGGGGUUUACUUUGUACAUACUGAACUUUGCUGCUCUGAUUUCAUAAUCCUGAUGGUGAAAAAAUAAAUGCAUUUCUGUGAAUGUCUCCAAGCA